AUGUCGGGGACGCAGAACUUGAGGAAGAAACAAGCAAGAGGAGGACAAUGCGUUCCUGGUUCGAGGGGAUUUUCGAGUGACCUGCCACCCUCGGAUAUGUCUAGGGUCCCGUUUUCCUCCAUCUCGCUCGCAGUUCGAGGUCUGCGCAUUCGGGUCAUCACGCUUGUACCGUCAAGCGCUACUGGUGUCCCUGUCAAGGCGAUACAUCCAUAUGUUCAUCCCUUCUUGCGACUUCCACGAGACCGCUAUUCCACUCCUCAUAACCACCAUCACCCAGAUCCACAUUUAAUCGUUCCACCACUCCUUACGAUGUCGCUUGGCCUUGUGUUACCACCGUCACAGCCACGUUACAGCUGUUAUCAUCAGCGCUGCGCUUUUCUCCCGCCAAUAUUGGCCUCGUUCAUCCUCUUCAACACCUAUUCUAGCAGUACCACGUCGGAUCUGGUGCAGACGGAAAAGAAAGCAUGCGACUUUGGAUUUUUUUUGACCCUGAAGCCCGUGAACGAGACAAUCAGGGAAGAUCAGAGAAGAACAGAGGGCAUAGAAUCUAGGAGACGCGGGUAG